CGAGUGUUUACAUGCAAGCUGACUGAAGCAGAAUGGGGGUGCACUUAUAAAACUUUUCAGGACAUGCAGCACCCAAACUUUGAGACUCGUCACCCUCUUCAGACCGAGGAGCAGGAGACGGGAUAUGACCCGCUACACAACUACAACAAGAACAGAGGCCGGGGAUCCCUGGACAGUGCCCCAACGCCAGAAUCUACAUUCCUCUCCUACAGGAAAGAGUGGGAUGAACUAUUCCAGAACAGUAACUACCUGGCGCGGAUCAGACAGGCAGGCAUCAACGGACGAUUGCGGAGCAGCCGAUUCCGCAGCGUGUGCUGGAAGCUGUACCUUGAGGUUCUCCCAGAGGACAAGGCCCAGUGGAUCAACAAGACCAAGGAACUCCGCGGCCAAUAUGACAAGAUUAAGGAGAUGCACAUCACCAACCCCCGUAAGGCUGCAGGCCAGCAGGACCUGGUGGUCAACAACCCUCUGUCUCAGGAUGAGGGGAGUCUGUGGAAUAAGUUCUUUCAGGACAAGGAGCUUAGGGCCAUGAUCAAACAAGAUGUCAUGAGAACGUUUCCAGAAAUCCGCUAUUUUCAGGAGGAAGACGUGAGAACGAAACUUACAGAUAUUCUUUUCUGUUACGCACGAGAAAACCAACAACUUCUUUACAAACAGGGUAUGCAUGAGUUGUUGGCUCCUAUAGUGUUUGUGCUGCACUGUGACCAUCAGGCUUUCCAACACGCCAGCGAAACCGCCAAUCCCAGUGAUAUCAUGAAGGAGGUGUUGAAUCCUGAAUUCCACGAGCAUGAUGCCUAUGCUAUGUUCUCCCACCUGAUGGACACUGCAGAGCCCUGGUUCUCUAGCUACGAACGGGAGGUCAGGAAGGGUAAGGAGGAGAUGAUGACCAGCAUUCCGUUCGCGCGGCCGCAGGAUUCCGGCCCCUCGGUUGCCGUGGUAACCAAAGUCAACCGCAUCCAGGAACAGCUGGUGAAGAAGCACGACACCGAACUGCACAUGCACCUGAACCGACUGGAGAUCGCACCACAGAUAUACGGCAUUCGGUGGGUGCGUCUGCUGUUCGGUCGGGAGUUUCCACUUCAGGAUCUGCUGGUGGUUUGGGACGCACUCUUCGCAGACAGCAUCACACUCGACCUGGUGGACUAUGUCUUUGUAGCCAUGCUCCUCUACAUCAGAGACGCACUGAUUGCCAGUAACUUCCAGACGUGCCUGGGCCUACUGAUGCACUACCCCCCAGUGGGAGACAUCCAUUCCAUGCUGCAGAAGUCACUAUUCCUCAGAGACCCAAAGAAUAAUCCUCGCCCUGUGAAUUAUCAGUUCCAGCAGAAUCUGGAUUACUACAAGACACGAGGAGCAGACCUAGUCAACAAGAGUCGUGUUGGCUCCGCCUCUGCCUCCAAGGCCCCUCCCCUGAACAUCAACAAGGUUUCCAGUUCGCUGUUGAGUUUCGGCCGUAAGCUCAUCUCCCCGGCCAUGUCCGGUGGAGGCGGGGCCACCACCGGCAUCUCGCCAAUCAACAGCGAGGUCCACUCCACGGCCACGCCCGCCCGGGCCUCCUUCCACCAAUCGAGCGAGUCGGCCAGGCCCCCCCACCAAUCGUCCGCCUCCUUCAGCCGCCAAUCAGCAGAGCCGAGCAGUGCUGGCCCCACCCCCUCCCACCACGCGGCCCUCACACAUGCACAGAACCAGUCGCAUCGCCUGCUCAAGUCAGAGAGCAUGCCUGUGGCACUCAACAAAGACUCUCUUAGUGGCUCUCAGGUGUCGCUGCCUGCACAGAUUCUUUCUGAUACCCCAGGUUAUUCGUCGUCUAGACCGGUAAGCUCCUCCCCCAGUAUUGAGAGUCUAUCUAGCGGGCGGGACCAUGCCAUGCAGUCUCCGCCCCUUCAUGGAUCCAGGGGGCGGGACUCCAACUCCAGCACUUCCUCCCCGCCCCUCUCGGCCAAUAAGAAGGAGUCUUUCUUCAACAUCAGUCGUUCCCGUUCCCACAGCAAGACUAUGGGGAAGAGAGACACGGAGGAGCUGGAGGCCCAGGUGUCGUUACUGCAGGGUCAGAUUAACGACCUGGAGGCCAUGAGCAAGUACUGUGCCAAAAUGAUGAACGCACACAUCGGUAAAAUCCAGGAGGUGAUUCUGCAGGAACACAUUCAGAAGGAGGAUGAAGUUCUGGUGUCUUUGGCAGGGCUCAAACAGAUCAAGGACAUCCUGAAGGGGGCGCUGCGCUUCAACCAGAGCCAGCUGGAGGCCGAGGAGAACGAGGAGAUCAGCAUCGCCGACGACCACUACACACACUCACAGCAGCAGCAGCAGCAGCAGCAGCAGCAGCAGCAGCACGCACACACACACGCCCACGUGCCACACACACACCCUCACGCUCCACACUCCGCCAACACACACCCCCAGCCGCACGCGGGCCAGGCGCGGCCCAUGGAGCAGGAGCUGCAGACGCAGCAGAGGCCAGAGAGGGUGAACGACGUGGGCACGCCAAGCACCAUAGCCCCCGCAGAGCAGGCAAUGGAGGCGGGGCGUAACUGGGACGACUACAUCCUGGUGUCUCAGGACGGUGGUGUCGGUGAGGGUGACGGUGAGGUUGACCCGGAAGCGGUGCCCUCCUCCUCCUCCCGCUCCUCCUCGGUGGUCAUGGCAGAGGAGGCCCUGCUCGGGGUCGGGGUCAGUCCUCCUGCCCCCACGCCCCCCAUGAAAGCCCCCUUCCACGACCCCCUGAGCUCCGUGCCCCACGGCCUCCUGGGUAACAACGCCUCGGCGUCCGGCUCCUCCAGCCCUGAGGAGGGCAGCACCAACAGCAAGGACUCCGACUUCACCAUCGUCAACCCCGCCGACCUUUAACCUUCAACCCCCAUGACCUUCACCUUGACCUUGACCUUGACCAGAGGGCAGCCAGCGUUGGGACACACACACACUCCUCUGUGUCUGGCCCGGGCCUCAAUACAACAGGAGCCUGAAUCAGCUGCAGGGGUGGGGAACCUAUGUCUUGAUGACCGUUUUCAGCCCUUGAGGCCACCUUAUCUGGCCCCCGAUAUCAUUUCAAUAUUCUGCAGUUUCAUAUGAAAUAUAACAUGUUGUGUAAAGAAAUCUUACAAAUUGCAUUUUGCAGUACAAUUAAGUUAUAUUUUCCAGGCAGGGACCGAGUGAAGGUGGGGUCUGUUGUAAAGGUGGCCUCCUUCAAUAUAGGUCUAAAGUGUAGGGCCUGGAAUCCUGCCUUGUGAUCAUAGUACGGACC